UGACAUCUUUAAAGGGGGGAGUAGCCUUUUUAUAGACGGGACUCAUAGAGGAUCAGAAUCUUUCCAGACUUAAAGGAGACAGGAGUCAUUUUCCUGUGUGGAUAACCCCUCCUUUAUCUUCCCUUUCAUAUCUGGAUAGAGAGGAUAACUGGAUGCUUUGUGUCUGUCUGUAUUGGUUUGUAACGCACAGAUGGAUGAGCAGCUGAUGCAGAGGGCAGUCCCUUACACAGAGCACUUGUGAGGACCCGAAGGCAUCUUGAAAUAGAAAUUCAAAAGAGGAGGAGGAGGAGGAGGAGGAGGAGGAGAGAAAGAAAGGAGGGGUUUUCUUUGAGUGAGAGCACUGGUAUGCCAGGCUCAAUACCUAGCAUGGCUGUGCAGAAGAAACAGAGUGUCAUCCCUUCAUCGCAGGGGCCACUUUCUUCACGCAGCGUCGAGAGCAAGAGGAAGGGGAAUGGAUCUGAAAGAGCCGGAGAUAAUAUCAAACCAAACUCACAGGCAAAGAAAUCAGCCUGUUCUGUCAACAUGUCUGCCCAAAUCUGCAACACAGCCACUCCACGGGCCACUGCAGUGGCCAACGGACCGAACGUUGACGAGAGGCUGAAAGCAGCACGAGAAAGAAGAGAAGAGCAGCAGAAGUUACUCGCGUCUCGGGAACUGAGCAGGGUGGAGAGGGAGCAGCGGGCCAGGAGAUAUUAUGAGCAACAACUGCAGCAGCGUAAAAAGAAACUCCAGGAGCAGAGGCUCAAAGAGGAGAAGAGGCGUGCCGCCGUGGAAGAGAAGCGCAAGCAGAGACUGAAGGAGGAGAAAGAGCGAUAUGAAUCUGCAGUGCGUAGGACACUGGAGAAGAGCCAGAGGGUCCAACAGAACCCGGGUCAAAACUCCAGAGGAAGGAAGCUCACCAAGAAUGUUCCACGUCGCUUACCACUGACAACGUGGGAGAAGAACUUGGUCAGUCGCCUCCUGACCCCCACAUGCUCUUAUCUGGCCAGAAGCAAGAGUGCUGGUUGUCAGUCAGGAGAAGAAGUUGUCCAUGUUUGUCGUCGUGCAGUUUCAUAUCACUCCGUGAAUACCACCACCACCACCACCACCAUUAGCACCACUUACAAACCCCAUUACCACUCUGGUUCAGUCCACAACAGACCAUCUGCCUCCGCCGGGCUCAACAAAAGCGAGCACAGAAGCACCAGUCUGGCACAGACCAAAUCAGCAAGACAGCGAGACGCUAAUAAGAAGAAAUCAAACGAUGGCUCAAACACUAGAUCGCCUGUCAAACCAGCCACAGUGUCACAAAGCAGAACAGCCUCCCCAUCACCUGAACGGACCCCCCGAAGAUCAAUCAGCAGGCAUUCAACCCCGCUGCAGAUCGAGCUCCCAUCUGUCCCCGAGGAAGACGUUGCCGUUUGCAGCCCGGCCCUCUCUCCUGGUAACUCAAGGCCUGUCAGGACAGCCGAAGGUCAGGAGGAGAAAACCAGGGAUGAAAACCCACCUGAGACUCGGUGUUCAGACGUGCCCCACAAAAAGACAGAAGCUAUAACCAGAACAGCAGGAGAUGGAAGUCCUCCCCAAACGCCUCCUCGUUCAGCUCCACAGCCUCCUGAAGUCAUGUUCAGGCCUUCAGCCGGGACUACAGACCCAGAGGAGGCCUCACGUCUCCUGGCUGAAAAGAGGAGAGAAGCCCGGCUACAACGGGAGAGAGAGGAGCAGGAGCGCCUGCAAAGAGAGGAGGCCGAAAGGCGGAGUCGUGAAGAACUGGAGCGCAGGAGGGCAGAGGAGCGAGCACGACAGCAGGCCGAGGCUCAGCGCCUCAUAGAGGAGAAGAAGAGGAGGGAGGAUGAGGAGCAGAGGCGAGCGGAGGAAGAAAGAGCUCAGGCUAUGAAGGAAGCCGCACUUCUGCAGAAACAGAGAGAGGAGGAACAAGCCAGAGAGAGGGCAAGAGAAGAGCAGAUGAAACAAGAACGAGAAAUACUCGCACAGAAAGAGGAGGAGGCGCGGCAAGCCAGAAAAAAGCGACUUGAGGAGAUCAUGCGGAGAACCAGAAGGACAGAUUCUCCAGAUACGAAAUCUGUCCCAGUGAGGACUUCGUCAAACGAAGCCCGACCAAAGGAAAACACGGAGCCUUUGCACAAUGGCACUAUAGAAGAUGCCAUCAAGCUGCCGGUGGGGACGAAGACCUCACAGCUGGGGCUGAGCAAUGAGGAGGACAUGGUACCUGUUGUGGCCUUCAAAGAACGCAGAUCUCUGAGGACUCUCACAGGCCUGGAGGAAAUCCAGACCCACCAACGAGCAGAGGUCAUCUGAGCGCCUGCAAAGCGGGCCGACGUUCAAAGAUCAGAGUUGGAGAGCAGCGGUUUGUCUGUGAAACACGCAAACUGCUGCAGCACGGCUAUUUCGCUGCCCCGUUGGCACCUUUUGAAAGAGCAUGUAAAAUCACAGCCUUGCCUCUCACUGAGGACGUCAGCAUUUUGGUCACUUUUCUGUGUGUAACCAGUGGCACAAAUAUUGGGUAAAUUAUUUAUUACUUUCUUCAGUACAGCAGGUUUCUGAACUAAUAAUGACUAUCCAAAAAAA